CCCUUGCCAUUCGAGGCAUUCAUUUCAUCUCUCUACCAAAAUUCAGAACAAAGCCGUUUCUUAACCACCCAAUCGCGGACCGUUAUCUUUCUUCCCUCUUGAUCCACACACACACACACACACACAGCGCAGUAUCCAUCCGACCGCCGCCAUGGCCGUUCACGCGGCGGCCGUAAUUUCUCCAGCUGCAAAAUUCCCAUCCCCGACAACCUCGUACUCCGCCGAACAUUCUCACCAGCAGAGCCCCUUUCUCUCGCUACCUUCAAUUGCUCCUCCUCCUCAUCCAACUCCGUCCAGAAAUUGUACAGUACUAACAGCCCGUUGCGGCAAGAAGAGGGUUAUCACUGCAAACGCCGCCAAGUCUCAAUCGGGAGCCGACACCAAGCUCGGCGUCGCCGUCUAUAAGCCCAAAUCAUAUGAAGUUCUCCUCUCCGAUGCCGCCACUUCUCUCUUCUCCGCUCUUCAAGAUGGCAAAACCCGCCUCGAAAUCGAGUUCCCUCCAUUGCCGAGCAACAUUUCUUCUUACAAGGGUUCGUCCGACGAUUUCAGUGAUGCCAACAUUCAACUUGCACUGACUGUUGUUAAAAAGCUACAAGAGAAGCAAGAAACGAGAGCGUGCAUUGUAUUUCCCGAUAAGCCAGAGAAGCGUAGGGCAUCGGAACUUUUCAGAUCGGCUCUUGACUUGAUUGAUGGUUUAAGUAUUGCAUCUUUGGAUGAUGUACCGAGUGGCGCGUUCACUUCAUUCUUCAAAUCCAUAAGAAACACUCUUGAUUUCGACUUUGAAGAUGAAAACGAAGAUCGUUGGCAAUCCGAUAAACCACCAUCACUUUAUAUGUUCAUCAAUUGUAGCACGCAAGAUCUCUCUCUUAUAGAGAAAUAUGUGGAAAAAUUUGCUUCUUCCACCCCAACUAUCCUCUUCAACUUGGAACUCGACACACUGCGUGCUGAUUUGGGACUUUUAGGAUUUCCGAGCAAAGAUGUGCACUAUCGGUUUCUUUCUCAGUUCGUCCCCGUUUUCUACAUUCGAACAAGAGAGUACUCAAAGACAGUUGCAGUGGCACCAUAUAUCGUAAACUACGAUGGAGCAUUAUUCCGUCAAUAUCCAGGGCCUUGGCAAGUGAUGUUGAAGCAAUCGGACGGUUCAUUCGCCUGCGUAGCAGAGAGUGCAACUCGUUUCACUCUCUUGGAAACUAAGGAAGAACUGCUGAGGGUUCUCGGAUUGCAGGAGGAAGAAGGAAGUUCGCUUCAGUUCCUUCGUCGAGGAUAUAAGAGUGGAACUUGGUGGGAAGAAGAUGUGGAUGCAGAACUAUCUUCUGCAUGGCGUAAUUGAGCUAUUCAAAAUUCAUGCAGAAAAUUCCCAGUAAAGAAAAUCAUACAUCAUCUAAUAAAAACAAAUUUAAUCAUUAUUAUCUUUUGUAAAUUCAUUUCUGUAAUAUUAUGAAAAGGAAAAAGCAAAAAAGAAAAAAGAAAAAAGAAAUGGAAUAUCAGAAAUUAUUUGUCGGGACUGUUGAGAGGUUUAUUUUAGUAAUGUAAUAUAUUUAUGGAUAAACUACAACCACCUCCCUGAAGUAAAGUCUAUUUACGAAAGAAC